CGGGCGCGCGCCGCCGCGGCUGGCCAGUUAGAGGCUCCCGGAGAGCCCAGACCGUGGUCCUCGGGCUGCCCGGAGGGCGCGCGCUGAUUGGCGGCCCGGGCCUGCGCGCGGGCUACGGCGUCCGGCAGGGGGCGGUGGCGGCCGUUGGCCGAGAGUCCGGAGGCGGGGCCGCGGGCCUUGGGCGCUGCGAGCCCGGCGGGCCACGACUCGGCCGGGACGGGGUGCGGGCUGAGGCAAUGGGCGACCGCGGCGGCGCGGGCGGCUCCCGGCGCCGGAGGACGGGUUCACGGCCUUCGAGCCAGGGCGGCGGUGGGCCCACGGUGGCGGAAGAGGAGGUGCGGGACGUGGGCGCCGGGGGAGACGCGCCGGCGCCGACUCCGGCCCCGGACAAGGGCGAGGACGGAGACUCCGACGUGGGCAGCGGCCACUGGGAUCUGAGGUGCCACCGCCUGCAAGAUUCUUUGUUCAGCUCUGACAGUGGCUUUAGCAACUAUCGUGGGAUCCUGAACUGGUGUGUGGUGAUGCUGAUCUUGAGCAAUGCACGGUUAUUUUUAGAAAACCUCAUCAAGUAUGGCAUCUUGGUGGACCCCAUCCAGGUGGUGUCUCUGUUCCUGAAGGACCCCUACAGCUGGCCUGCCCUGUGCCUAGUUAUUGUGGCCAAUGUCUUUGCUGUGGCUGCAUUCCAGGUGGAGAAGCGCCUGGCAGUGGGUGCCUUGACGGAACAGGCAGGGUUGCUGCUGCACGUGGUCAACCUGGCCACCAUUCUCUGCUUCCCGGCUGCUGUGGCCUUGCUGCUUGAGUCCAUCACUCCAGUGGGCUCCGUGCUGGCUCUGAUGGUGUACACCAUCCUCUUCCUCAAGCUCUUCUCCUACCGGGACGUCAACCUGUGGUGCCGAGAGCGAAAAGCUAAGGCCAAAGCCAAGUCUGCUUCUGCAGGUAAGAAGGCCAACGGGGGAGCGGCCCCGCGCACCGUGAGCUACCCAGACAACCUGACCUACCGUGAUCUGUACUACUUCCUCUUUGCUCCUACUCUGUGCUACGAGCUCAACUUUCCCCGUUCUCCCCGCAUCCGAAAGCGCUUCCUGCUGCGGCGGCUCCUUGAGAUGCUGUUCUUGACUCAGCUGCAGGUGGGGCUGAUCCAGCAGUGGAUGGUCCCCACCAUCCAGAACUCCAUGAAGCCUUUCAAGGAUAUGGAUUAUUCACGCAUCGUCGAGCGCCUGCUGAAGCUGGCGGUCCCCAACCACCUCAUCUGGCUCAUCUUCUUCUACUGGUUCUUCCACUCCUGCAUGAACGCCGUGGCUGAGCUCAUGCAGUUUGGAGACCGGGAGUUCUACCGGGACUGGUGGAACUCUGAGUCCGUCACUUACUUCUGGCAGAACUGGAACAUCCCUGUGCACAAGUGGUGCCUCAGGCACUUCUACAAGCCCAUGCUUCGACGGGGCAGCAGCAAGUGGGUAGCCAGGAUGGGGGUGUUCUUUGCCUCGGCCUUCUUCCAUGAGUACCUGGUGAGCAUCCCCCUGCACAUGUUCCGCCUCUGGGCCUUCACAGGCAUGAUGGCUCAGAUACCCCUGGCAUGGAUAGUGAGCCGCUUCUUCCAGGGAAACUACGGCAACGCAGCUGUGUGGCUGACGCUCAUCAUUGGGCAGCCAGUGGCCGUGCUCAUGUAUGUCCACGACUACUACGUGCUCAACUACGAGGCCCCGGUGGUCGGGGCCUGAGCUGCUCCACAGCAGGUCCUCGCUGCCGACGGCCGGGGCCCAUCACCCACCUGUGUGCUAGGGAGGGGGCUCGGCUGUCCACUGCCUCCUCCCAGCCACGCCCCCCUCCCCCGGAAGGCCUCUCUGCCCUCAUGGGGCUCCUUCCUGCCCUGCUCAGGGAUGGCAGACCAGGCACAGGCCAGCGCUGGUGGGAAGUGCCAGUGCCCCAGGAAUCUGUGUGAUCCUGCCCAGGGGUCUGAGGAACUCAAUAAAGUACUGUCCAGAGUG